ACUUUUUCAGUUGCGACUCGCCAACCCCGAUGUCACAGAGCAGCCGACCGGCCCGGGGAAGCAGGGUCCCCCACCAGAGUUGGUUGUGAUUUCUGCCCUUCACCUGCAGCCGGGACUCCCCGUCGCCCUGCGUGCUGGGGGAGGCUUCAUCGAACUGAGAACUGGACAAGAGGUCACUUUCUGGGCAGCCCGACGCACACAAGAGCCCGAAUCCCUGUGGAUCCCACAACACGACUGAGCGCGAUCCUCCCCGUUUCGCUAGCCCCAGGUGCGAUGGAGGUGGAAGAGGUCUUCUUCCAGCUCUGCGAGGAGGUUGCCAGGCUGCAGGAGCUGUGUGUGAAGCAGGGCAAACUCCUCCGGAAGCUGACUGCAAGGAAGGGACCUGUCCUUGAUAUCCCCGUGUCACUGCCAAUCCAGUGCACGGAGGAUAUGGUAACGGAAGAAGCGGAAAAACCCUCGGAGAGCCAAAGGGAAUGCUCUGAGGCCCCGACGUCUGCCGCAACUGGCCCCAGCUCUGCCCAUCCACUGGCACAGCCCCACGCUGGCGUCGCGCUGCCCGCCUGUGACAUCACGGACCCCCCGAGCACCGAAAAUGCCUGCGUAUUAAGCAAUGGGAACGGGAAAGCAGCCCUUGCCAUGGCUUUUGGCAGCCAGCACUGCAGUAAGGCGGAGAGGAGCGAGAAGGGGGAUUUAGACACGUGGCUGAAAAAUUAUAGGAUGCUUCCUACCGCAAAAGCCGGCAAGGAAGAAGCGAGGGCUUGCUGUAACCUGCCAGAGUUUGCAGCGCCCAACCCAGAGGCCAUCGACUCCUUCCUGGACCUGUACGAAGCCCCACAAGACCUUCAGAGUGAAGACGCAUCCGGUGAAAGCGCUCUGCCAGCUGCGACUCAUGUUCCUGUAGAAAUCCGAGGACCUGUGAAGACGUCCUGGAUGCCAGCAUGGAUGCUGGAGGAGAGCCUUGGGCAAGGCACUGUCCUCACCUCGGAGGCCAUGCGAACUUGUGACUUUUGCCAGGCUAUUUUCCCUUCGGACGCAACAACCCAAGCAGACUAUUUGAAGCACCUCUUAGCCCAUAUGAAAUAGGACUCAAGCUUCGAACUCAUAAAUCUCUGUAUUUGCACUUCAGCUAACACCACGUGCCCUGGGAUCCCUUCAUGUGAUCCUGCUGCUGGCUUUGACUGGGGUCUCUCAGCUCAGGUAGCGAUCCUCUUCCAUUUAAUUUGGUGUGCCGCAACCCCGGUCCCUGUUGCAAUGUUUGAUGGGCCAUAUUAGGGCUCUUAAUAUGCCUUGGUUUGCUGAGCUUCGUGAAUGUCAACCAGCUUCUGUCCCGGGGUUUGGACAUGUGUGGGGCUGUGUGCAGGCUGAGGGGAACUUUAGCUCAAUGGGAAAUGGAAAAAUUUCCAAAUUCUCCUAAACCAGAAGAAGUUAAAACAAGUUUUCCAUAAUGACAUAGGGAUAUUUGAAGAGCCACGUUGGCUUUUUCCAAAAACAUGGAAGAUCUGGUGAGAGGCUGAGAGACUCACAACAGUUUUUAAUGUCACUAAAUCCAAAUUUGCCUAUGGAGCAGAGCCCCAGCCCCGGUGCUGUGAGCGUGAAAUGCCGCCCGCCUGCGGCAAGGGGGACCGACAUGAACCGCAUUUAACUUCCAAGUGUGUUGGCAGGGGAAGGGCGUAACUGAGGGCUCUUCUUCCUCCUCAUUAAAACCUCAUCAGCUCCGGCUCAGUGGCUUGUGCAAGUUUAAUUGAUCCCUCUCCAGGUGGGAGGAGGCUUAUCUGCUCCGGGCCGCGUGGGGUCCGUGCUCCCAGCCUGGGGCCUUCUGUGUUUACAGAGCGACGGAGCGGAAACGAGCACCACCAAGCCUGGCUCCUCCAGCGCAGGGACGUGACCGCCACGCGUGUUAUUAUCCUGCCUUUCUGUUUAGUCUCUUGGGGAAAAUAUCUUUCGGGGAGCCGGUGGGUUGAUACGACUGUCGGAUUCGGGGGAAACAGCUUCUGUUCCUGGGUCUGAUCCUUUGCCUGAGGAU